UUAGUGACCAUAGCAUCAAGAAAGGGUACACACUUCCGGAUUAUCAGUAUGGAUUUACCAAUGCCUGUGGUAGAUCGAAUGUCUUCCUUGCAGACUUAUUCUCAAGGAAGUAUUCCAACCAUCAUAAUUGAGCCGCCAGUAACAUCAAAAGAAACUACAAGAAAUAGCUAUAGGAGAAAAUCAUGCUCGUUGGAAUCCCUGCACAGUGAAGAAGGCUCGUGGACUGGCUCUGAUAAAGCUUCUUCUGUGUACCGCGGUAUUCACCGACUGGUACAAACGUUCGCCGACAGAGCUUAUCGAGUGAAAGAAAGGGUUGUAGUACAAUCAUCAACGCCACCCUCAACACCUUCUAAUGACGAGGUGAAAAAAGAAAAAAAGCCUGACCGUCCGCAUCCGGAGCCUUUAAUCCAAAAUGAUGACACGCCUGCUGCUAAUGACUGGAUGGAAGAGGAAAAAGGAUUUUGGUGCUGUAGAAUAUCCAAACAGCUUCUUCCUACUUUUCCAAAAGUUUUGGAGCCACAGAGUAAGAUCUACAUCUCUUGGCUGCUGAUUGUCACCCUUUGUUUUGUUUACAAUGCCUGGUCCAUUUUCCUUCGAGCUCUGUUUAAGUAUCAAACACCAGAAAACCUCCCAUAUCUCUUGGGUAUUGAUUACUUCUGUGAUGCUGUCUACAUUGUUGAUAUUCUGGUUUUUAAAGUUCGAGUGAAGUACAUUCAGGACGGACUCUGGGUGGACGAUUUAGCUGCAACUAAAAACAAUUAUUUCAAGAAAUCUAUGUUUAAGAUGGAUCUUCUGUCACUGCUACCUCUGGAUUUGCUGUAUCUAGUAUAUGGUUUUAAUGCCUUAUUUCGGUUUCCAAGAAUGUUAAAGGUUCAGACUUUCUGGGAGUUUUUCAAUAGAAUAGACGCUGUGGCUAAAUCUCCGUAUAUCAUCAGAAUCUUACGAACAUUAAUCUACAUGCUGUAUCUCAUCCAUUUGAAUGCUUGUGCCUAUUAUGCCAUGUCUGUGUGGGAGGGGAUUGGCUCCAAUGACUGGGUGUUUCAAGGUGAAGGAAAUGCAUAUGUUCGUUGUAUGUAUUUUGCCACUAAAACAGCAACAUCAAUUGGAAAAAACCCCAAACCUAAGAAUGAAUAUGAAUACAUCUUCAUGACAUUCAGUUGGCUAACUGGUGUUUUUAUAUUUGCUUUCUUAAUUGGUCAGAUUCGUGAUAUUGUUGCCACAGCAACCCAAAACACCACUCAGUAUCAGCAAGUGACAGACCAGAUGAUACAAUACAUGCGAAAUCUCAACGUGCCUGAGAACCUCCAAUAUAGGGUUAGACUAUGGCUAAACCACACAUGGGAGCAACAGAAAACACUAUAUGAAAGUAAAAUUUUGGACUCUUUGCCUAAGAAGAUGAAAACAGAUGUGGCCCUCAAUGUCCAUUACAACACCUUAGUUAAAGUUCAACUUUUUAAGGACUGUGAUGAGGCUCUUCUGAGGGAUCUGGUGUUGAAGUUACAACCUCUUUUAUUUCUUCCAGGGGACUACAUCUGUAAAAAGGGAGAAAUGGGAAGAGAAAUGUACAUUGUGAACAAGGGAUUAGUUCAGGUUAUGGGAGGAGAGAAAGGAGAUGUGGUCCUAGCUACAUUAUCAGAAGGCAGUGUUUUUGGUGAAAUCAG